AUGGGUGCCGUCGUCUCUUGUAUCCGAGGCAUCUUUCAGAGCAUCGGCUCUUGCCUAAUGGCCAUUGUCAACGCCAUCGGUGCUGUCUGCACAGCUAUCAUCAGCGGAGUCGUCGCUAUCUUUGAUGCCAUCAUCGGCUGCCUGACCUGCCGUGGUUGCUCAGGUGGUGGCCGUCGUCGUCGGCAUCGAUCUACCAUAUAA